AGCGAACGUUCAAGAAAAACAUUGACUGCCAGCAAUAAAAAAAAAUCAACAAAAAUCAUCUGCUUGGAUUUAUAACCUUCUGGCUGGUGGUACUGAUACGAUGGGCAAGCAGAAACAGCGCUACUGCGUCAUUGGAGCCGGAGCUGCGGGAAUCUGUGCUGCCAAGUAUGCACUGCAAGCCGGUGGCGAGGUGGUCGUUUUCGAACAGACUGAUCAGAUUGGAGGAACCUGGUCGUAUACCGAUGCCGUAGGAAAGGACAAGUAUGGUUUGGAUAUUGCCUGUAGCAUGUACGAUAGUCUGUGGACGAAUCUACCCAAGGAAAUUAUGGGUUAUGCGGACUAUACGAUGCCGCCACAACGAAGGUCUUACAUUCACUGGAGUGAAGUGUUGCAGUUUUUGAGGGAUUAUGCCCGGCAUUUUGAAGUUGAUAAGCAUACCAGAUUUGAACACUUGGUCUCGGAUGUGCGACCUUAUGGAAGCGGACAGCAGUGGCAAGUGCGGGUUAAAGAUUUGAAAGGCAACACACAUGAAACGUUGAUCUUCGAUUACGUGUUGGUAUGCAAUGGACACUACUUCGAUCCGAAGAUUCCAGACUACGAAGGAAAAGACCUGUUCAAAGGCGUGCAGUUGCACAGCCAUCAGUACCGUAAGCCCGAUGUGCUACAGAAUCGCAACGUUCUGAUCAUUGGGGCCGGCCCAAGUGGUAGAGAUUUAGUUUUUGCAGCUGCAGAAUGUGCAAAAACAGUUUAUUUUAGCCAUCACGUGCCGCAAAAAUUGAAGGACGCAGAAUUCCCGGCAAACGUUGUGCAAGUCCCGGAUGUCGCACGGUUACACGAAGCUGAUGUGGAAUUUGUCGAUGGGUCAAGACAAUCCGUCGAUUUCAUUCUCUAUUGCACGGGUUAUCAUUUCAAUUUCCCAUUCUUGCAUAAGGACUGUGGUAUUGAAUUGGACGACGAUUGGGUCAGACCGCUGUAUAAGCAAAUCAUUAACAUCAACUAUCCGACGAUGGCCUUCAUUGGAAUACCGUUCUUGGUGUGUACGACCUUGAUGUUUGACUUGCAGUCCCGUUUCAUUAUGAAAUACUACUCCGGCAGUAGACUUCUCCCAUCCCGGGAGGAAAUGAUGGAGGAUUUUGAAAAGGAAAUAAACGAUCGAUGGGCUCGCGGCUUACAGAAACGUCAGGCACACAUGAUGGGCGGUGAGGUGCAACGGGUUUACUACAAUGAUGUCGCCAAAACGGCCGACAUCGAGCCCAUUCCACCGGUCAUGAUUAAUAUGCACAUUGCAAGCCAUAGGAGAAAGAACGAAGAUUUGAGCGGCUACAGAAACGACAUAUUUAGGGCCGUGGAUAAGGAGAAUUUUGAAGUUGAAUAUGUCGAGGAACUCGCCAAUCGUGGGAAGUGAUAU